AUGUCGGACCGAAAGACAGCCAAAUCCAUGAAACAGCACAAAAGCGCGAAUUCAUCGAGAUCUUCAUCUCGCGCUCGACCCUCAACGAGUAAGAGGGAUCAAGUAUACGACGCUGUCAACUUUGGUCUCGAUGUGACCGUAAAUAUAGCCGAAGGAUCAGAUAUACUUGCGCCUCUAAAGGCGGCCUGUCGAACAACCAAAUUGAUCCUUGAAGUCGUCCAGGCGACAGAGAACAACCAAGAAGAAUGGAUCGACUUGGCUCGACGCCUGAAAGGAUAUAUAUCAGCACUUGAGGAACGGGUUGCUAUAUUUGAGACAUAUCCUCCGGAGGACAGGGUUGUCGACAAGGCAUUUAGCCAGCCGCUCAUUCACUAUACUGAAUUCCUCGAAACGAUGAAUGACAUGGUUGUCGACCUACAGACGAAACGGAGCCGCAGCAAAGCCGGCAUCUUUACCGCGUUCAUCAAAAUCAAAAUUAACGCUGGGAAGAUUUCCAAACUUAAUUGA